AUGCGUGGAGUUGAUUCUAUAAGUAUCGCAUGGAUUGCGGUAGGCAAGCAUUUGUGUGGAGAGGCUAUGCAGCAGCUCUUCUGGCUCAUCUUCUUCGCAUUUUUCGUAGCUUUGGGGAGUGGAAUCACUAUAGGGAUGACACUUCCACAGCACUUUAGAUGGAGUCGUGUUGGUCCUCGGUCCAUCCAACUUAGCUGGGAUGACCACAAGAUUCGCGGACUCAGCAUACACUUUAUUAACCUCGUCGUCUCUAGCUUAGAUACCAAGGUUCCCCAAUUCAGAGGAGAUGUAGAAUUCUCCGAUGGAUCCGUCGUCGUUGACGGUCUGCAACCCGACACGGUGUAUUUAGUAAGACUGUCGGCAUACGCCGGUGGUAUGGAAGUUCUAGACCACCUCAGCACAAUUAAAACAUUGAUGGAUGAGAGUGUGACCACUAGAGGGAUGACACUUCCACAGCACUUUAGAUGGAGUCGUGUUGGUUCUCGGUCCAUCCAACUUAGUUGGGAUGACCAGAAGAUUCGCGGAUUCAGCAUACACUUUAUUUACCUCGUCGUCCAAAGUAAAGGGGCCACCGAUCCCCAAUUCAGUGAAAUAGUGGAAUUCUCCGAUGGAUCAGUUACUGUCGGCGAUCUGCAACCCGACACGGUGUAUGAUGUAAGACUGUCAGCAUACGCCGGUGGUAUGGAAGUUCUGGACCACUUCAGCACAUUUAAAACAUUGAAGGAU